CUGUGAUCACAUUUUGCAAUUUUUUAUUAUUGUCAAUCGUGUCAAAUCAAAAUGGCCUCAAAUCUGAAUGUGGAUAAAAUUAUUAUAAAGCUGACCUCAAAAGAGGUUCGAGAGAGCAAAAAGACAAAAUAUAUAACUAUAUCUGAAUCAGACGUAAAGGCAUUAUGUUUUAAUGCGAUUAACAUUUUUAUGUCUCAACCAAUGCUUUUGGAGCUAGAAGCACCCAUAAAAGUUUGCGGUGACAUACAUGGUCAGUUCCACGAUUUACUAAGUCUUUUUGGAUUUGGGGGCUUCCCACCGGAUUCAAACUAUUUAUUUCUUGGAGAUUAUGUCGACAGAGGAAAGCAAUCGGUGGAAGUAAUUUGCUUAUUAUUAGCCUAUAAAAUAAAAUACCCAGAAAAUUUCUUUCUUCUCAGAGGAAAUCACGAAGCUUCGCAAGUGUGUAAAAUUUACGGAUUUUUUGAUGAAUGUAAACGACGAUACAACACAAAAAUAUUUAAAUUGUUCACUGAUGUGUUUAAUACUCUACCCGUUGCUGCCAUUAUUGAUGACAAAAUAUUUUGCUGCCAUGGAGGUUUGAGUCCAGAUCUCUUACAUAUAGGUCAAAUUCGAAAUAUUAAACGACCUAUUGACGUACCCGUACAAGGUUUACUCUGUGAUUUGCUGUGGUCUGACCCAAGCCCUGAACUAGGUUGGACAGCCAAUGACAGGGGUGUCUCUUUUUCGUUUGGUCCUGAUGUUAUCAAUAAAUUUUUAAGAAAACACGAUUUCGACCUCAUAUGUAGAGGUCAUCAGGUGGUUGAGGAUGGAUACGAAUUUUUUGCACAACGAAAACUCAUUACAAUAUUCUCAGCACCCAAUUACUGUGGAACAUUCGAUAACGCUGGAGCGUUAAUGUCCAUAAACGAGGAUUUGUUGUGUCAAUUUCAGAUUCUGGAACCACCCAAGAAUAAUAAAAAAUAGUAUUCUUCUGAUGACUUUCGAUACCUAGUCUUUAUGAUAAUACGUAGAAUAUAAUGUGAAUGUAGUAUUUAAGAAAAGUGUAAUAUUUUUUAAUUAUGAUGUUUUAUAUUAAAAAUGUUUGAUCAAAGG